AUGACUAACAAUGUUGGAAAAAUCUUGGCAUUCCUUUGCUUGGCAUUCAUUGUAUUCAGUGUAGUCAUUUCCACCUCAGAUGCCGCAUACAGAAGACCACCAUUCAAUGGUUCUAUUUUUGGAAAAAGAACUGGUACUACCGCUGAAUUUGAUAACGCUGGAAAGGCACUUACCGCAAUGUGUGAAAUAGCAAGUGAGGCAUGUCAAACCUGGUUUCCAGCACAAGAAAAAUAA